AUGUGCCGCAUGUUAGUGUUUUAUUUAUGCUCAUUAUUUCUGUUCACUUCAACAUCUCUACAAGAUGUUUCUUUAUCAAAAAAAAUAACAAAAGUAACAAAACAAUUGAAUGCGAAUUUAAGAGAUAUAAAUUAUGAAAUAACUAGUAUAACGUAUUCUGAAGAUGUUUUGAAAGACAUAAAAGAUGAAUUGAAGGAAGAGAAACAAAUUCAAUCUUACAUAAUUGAUAAGUAUGAACACUGUACAACAAGUCAACGAAUGGGCGAGUUGGGUCAGUGGGCAAUAAGAGAUUUGAAUAAACGUAUUAAUACUUUAAAAACGGAUUUCUACAAAAACCUCACCAUGUCAGAAAUAUGGAAGAAUUGUUCUGAUAUUGAUAAAAUCCAACUAAUAAACAUGGGAAAUUUAGGAUGCACUAAUGAAGGACAUACAGCUAUUGGAAAUUUAGAUGAUACGAUUAUCAUGCUAAAUCGUCACGUUCGUGCAUUCAAUUACUAUCUCGUUGAACGAGCUUUUCUACAAGAUAUUCACUAUCGACUUGUUUCAAUGAAUAAAUUACAUGAAAUUAAAUAGAAACGAAAGUGAUCUUCACUAUUGAAUAUGAUUACUAAUUGUUUAAUCUAAUCAUAUAUUGUAACAAUAACUUUUCUGUAAUGCUAACGAAUUAAUUAAUUCAUUAACUGCUAAUAAAAU